UGUCAUCUUUAUCUGCUAAACCAACAAUAGGCCCAAGGUUUUGAUUCUAAAGAAAAAACGAGUAAGCCCAUCUCAACCUGAUAACUGUGUCAGAAAAAAAAAAAAACAAACUGAAAGUUGUGAGAACCAGAGAAACAGUUCGGAGUCGAAGAAGAUAGACGAUGGCCUCGGUGGCGGUGGCGUCAAUGUUCUUCGCCGGCGACUGUCGGAGUUUCGCCGUGCCUCCUGUCUCGCGCGCACUUCGCAAUUCGCUCAACAAGCACGCGUUCAGUUGGCGCUGUCGGAGCUCACACGGUAGUAACCCUGCAAUCACCGGAGAAUCUGUAACCUCCACAAUUGACGACGCCGGAAACUUACCUUCCGCCUCUUCCUCCUCCAAUAGCUACCCGAAGUAUGAUCGAUUGCUUCCAUGUCCACUGCACAAAUCUCCACCAAGAAUCGAACACUUGGUUGUUUCAGAAGGAGGACCUGUAUUGGAGUAUAUUUGCAAGUCACUGGAUCUUCCUCCUCUUUUUGUUGCAGAUUUGAUACAAUUUGGAGCUGUAUACUAUGCUCUUGUUCCCCCUCAACCUCCUCCUAGUGCUACUCCAGAGCAAAUGAGGAUAUUCAAACAAGUAACUGAGCCUUCUGUUUUACAAAAAAGAACUUCCAUCAAGGGAAAAACUGUACAAGCGGCUCAGAAAACGUUCCGUAUAACUCACGGCGAUCAAUUUGUUGAACCAGGAACUUAUUUGCGAGUGCAUGUUCAUCCAAAACGAUUUCCCAGGUGCUAUGAGAUUGAUUGGAGAUCAAGGGUCAUAGCUGUGGCGGAAUCGUAUGUAGUUUUGGAUAAACCUGCUGGUACUUCAGUAGGUGAAACUAGGGGCAACAUUGAAGAAAGUUGUGUAACCUUUGCAACUCGUGCUUUAGGAUUAACAACUCCUUUAUUGACUACCCAUCAGAUUGAUAAUUGCACUGAAGGCUGUGUGGUAUUGGCCAGGACUAAAGAGUAUUGCUCUGUGUUUCAUGGCAAAAUCAGGGAGAAAAAAGUGAAGAAACUCUAUCUUGCUCUUGCAGCUUCUCCUUUACCAACCGGAAUCAUUACCCACUAUAUGCGCCCUGUUAACACAGCUCCCCGACUUAUUUCUGAAGAUUUUAUCAAGGGAUGGCAUCGUUGUCAACUUGAGGUCUUGGAAUGCCGAAAAGUUCCCUGGCCAACUACUGUUAUUCAAGACAAAUAUUGUGUUGAAGACUGUGGGUGGCCUUCUCAAGAUCAUGCGUAUGAGUGUAUAAUAAACCUUCUUACUGGUAAAACUCAUCAGAUUCGUGCUCAAUUUUCUGCCUGUAAGGCACCGUUAAUUGGUGAUUCUAUGUAUAUGCCAGCUGCAAUGGCGGAGAUUUCUAAUCCUGGACUUAAUCCAUUUGGAAAAUACAAGAAAGAUUUCAGUAUUGAGAGUGAAGAAGAAAUAGCUGUUAUAAAUUGGAUUGCGCAGCAUGGAAAAGAGCCGAGUGUUGUAAUUGGCCUUCAAGCCUGUCAAAUUUCAUGGGAUGACAAAGAACACUUUUACCAAGCUGGGUCGCCUUGGUGGAGGUGUUAAAAUGCUGGAAAUCAUGAAAUGUAUAGCGUUGAGGAUAGGGAUGAACUAUGAAGUUGAUUUUAAUUUUGCCUCAGCUUUGUGUGAGUAUACUAAUCUUUCAAGUUGAAAACAUGCAAAUUCAGGAUUACAACUGAUUUUGAAAGCCUGCAAAAUAGUGUUUUUACAUGCAGAUACAGAUAUUCAAAGGAGGAAGUGUGAUAAUGGAUCUUUAUAUGCUGUUUCACAUUCUGAAGGAAGGAUACAGAUUUCCUCAAGGUUGUAGAGGAAGACUGUGAGGGUGUCGCUGGUUUGGAAAGAGGAAACCCAAUUAAAAAGGCUACAAAAAGGAGCUUCAUCUGGUGAACCUUGUACUACCAUCCAACUUCUCUAUCAGAAUCAACUCCGAACAGGUAGACUAGAGGAUAGCCUAUUUCGGGAUUACGAUGUCUUUUUGAAAAGGAUAUAUUUUUCUUGUGGUUGAAGAAGAAGGAAAGUCACAAGUUUUUAGAAAUAUAGCUGAUUAGGCUGCGGUAUUAAUGCCACAUGCUCUUGUCAAAUUGAGCCCUGGCUUUUCCUGUUCUCUGUAGCUAUGGCGUUUCGGCAAAGAAGCUUUUUGUUUAUGCUUGGCAGUCAGUUGCUUGUAGUUUGUGUAUACUACUUCAGUAUUUCCUGUAUUGUCUUUCCUAGACAUUUAGCUUCAAUUUUAUUCUGUUCCUAUUA